AUGUCAAUUAAGGUCGGUAUUAAUGGUUUUGGAAGAAUUGGAAGACUUGUUGCUAGAGUCGUUCUUGAAAGAAAAGAUUUUGAAUUAGUUGCUAUCAAUGAUCCAUUCAUGGAUCCAAAAUACAUGGUUUACUUAUUAAAAUAUGAUACCGUCCAUAGACAAUUCGAAGGAACUGUUGAAGCAGGUGAAAAUGCUAUUAUUGUUAAUGGACAUAAGAUUGUUGUUAAAGCUGAAAGAGACCCAGCUCAAAUUGGAUGGGGAGAACUUGGAGUUGAUUAUGUUGUUGAAUCAACUGGAGUUUUCACUACUAUUCCAAAGGCUGAAGCACAUAUUAAGGGAGGAGCUAAGAAAGUCAUUAUUUCAGCCCCAUCUGCUGAUGCUCCAAUGUUUGUUGUUGGAGUUAACACUGAAGCAUACAAACCAGAAAUGAACAUUAUUUCAAAUGCAUCAUGCACAACUAACUGUCUUGCACCACUUGCUAAAGUUAUUAAUAAUGAAUUUGGAAUUGUUGAAGGUCUUAUGACAACUAUUCAUGCUACUACUGCUACUCAAAAGACAGUUGAUGGACCAUCAGGAAAAGAUUGGAGAGCAGGUAGAUGUGCAUGUGCUAACAUUAUUCCAGCUAGCACUGGAGCAGCCAAGGCUGUUGGAAAAGUUAUUCCAUCUCUUAAUGGCAAACUUACUGGUAUGUCAUUCAGAGUUGGAACACCAGAUGUUUCAUGUGUUGAUUUAACAUGCAGACUCGAAAAAGAAGUAACUGUUGAAUCAAUUAAAGCUGCCAUUAAGAAAGCAUCAGAAGGAGAAAUGAAAGGAAUUCUUGGAUAUACUGAAGAUCUUGUUGUUUCAUCAGAUUUUGUCCAUGACAAUAGAUCAUCAAUUUUCGAUGCAGCUGCUACUAUUCUUUUGAAUCCACACUUUGUUAAAUUAGUUUCAUGGUACGAUAAUGAAUGGGGAUAUUCUAACAGACUUGUUGAUCUUAUCCAAAUCAUUUCUAAAGUUCAUUAA